AUGAGGAGGAAGCGCGAGCAGGAAAGAAAAGCUGCACGGCUGGCACUGCACAUGAUGAAGAAGACCGUUGAUAUUGACAACAGCGACUUUCUGAAGGACCUGGAGAACUUGUGCCAAAAGUGGCAACUGAAUCCUCCAAGCAAAUUAAUCGUAGACUUUGUCCAUGGGAUUGAGUUGACGCAGGGCUUAGGGAGCCCACUGGAGGCACUUGGCCUAUUCAUGAAGAAAGAUAUCGAGGAAGAGGUCGAACAUGAAAUGGAGGACAGCGUGUCAACCUCCCAGAAUGCUGAUGUCGAGGAAGGAGAGAUCAGCUGCUGUCAAUAG